AUGCGACUGAACACCACGCAGCCGUCCUCGGCGGAUAUUGACGGGGACGUGAAGAUGGCAAUUGAGAAUGGAAACGGUGCACAGGAUGCGUCUGUGGAUAAUGAGGAGGAUAUGGAUGUCAAGGCGAAGGCGCUCAUGCAUUUGCUCAAUACGAGCGAGGUCUUUGUUGCGAUUAUGGCCGAGAAGAUGAAGAAACAGCAGGAGGAGGCGAGAUUGGCAGCGGCCAAGAAGCAGGAGCAGGAGCAGGAGCAAAAGGAACGAGGUGGCGAGGCGGACGAACCCAAGAAGGUAGCUGCACAACCAACUAAGCGAGGGACCCGAGCGAGUGCGCGACAGGCAGCAACCACAGAGGCUGCAGAGGAUAUUGAGAUGAAAGAAGAACCGAUCAAGUCGAAGCGAGGGAGAGGGAAAAAGGCCGCACCCGCCAAGGGCAAUGCUAUCUCCAACUACUUCAAGAAAGCGGAUGUGAAUGUGGACGAAGCCAAGAACACCACCGUCCAGGAAGCACUCGAGCAUGCCGCAGACGAAUUCGAAGCGAAACCCACUGUUCUCGGUGAGCAGGAGCUUGUUGCCACCCAGCAACCUGCACCUGUUACCGGGGGUAAGAUGAGGAAGUAUCAGCUCGAGGGCCUCGAGUGGCUCAAGUCUUUGUGGAUGAAUGGCUUAUGCGGUAUCCUAGCCGACGAGAUGGGUCUCGGGAAGACUGUGCAGGCUAUAUCCCUUAUCGCCUUCUUCAAGGAGCACAAUGUGUCUGGGCCGUUUCUGAUCUCAGCCCCGCUGAGCACGGUGAGCAAUUGGGUUGAUGAGUUCGCACGGUGGACUCCUGGUAUCAAGACGGUGCUGUACCACGGCUCGAGAGACGAACGUGCGCAGCUCAGGAAGAAGUUCAUGAAUCUUCGAGACCAAAAGAGCGCAGACUUUCCAGUCAUCUGUACGUCGUACGAGAUUUGCAUGAAUGAUCGGAAGUUUCUCGCCCAAUAUCAGUGGCGGUAUAUCAUUGUGGAUGAAGGUCACCGCUUGAAGAACAUGAAUUGUCGACUGAUCAAGGAACUGCUGUCCUACAACUCGGCCAAUAGGCUGCUCAUCACCGGUACCCCUCUGCAGAACAACAUCACUGAGCUAUGGUCACUCCUGCAUUUCUUACUUCCUGAGAUCUUCAAUGAUCUCAACAGUUUCCAGAAUUGGUUCGACUUCUCCUCUGUGCUGGAUAGCAAUGGCCAGACUGAUGGGAUCGAGCGUCGGAAGAGGAGUUUGGUCUCGACAAUGCACUCGAUCCUGAAGCCGUUCCUGCUCCGGCGCGUUAAGACUGAUGUUGAAACCGCUCUCCCAAAGAAGCGAGAGUAUAUUCUGUACGCGCCGUUGACAACGGAGCAGAAGGAACUUUACCGAGAGAUUCUCAAUGGAACAGGCCGUCAAUAUCUUGAGGAGAAAGCAACGGAGCGGCUAUUGGCGAAGAACGAGACACUGCGCUCAGGAAGCCUGAAGCGCAGUGCAAGCAGCAGCGUUGCCUCAACGCCAAACAAGAGCCUACGCUCUAGCCGCGAUUCAACUCCUGGGAGCAGGGCUAGCUCUACGCGGAGACGCCGGGCACCGCGAUCCUACAAGGACAUCAGUGACCGUGAGUUCGACUCCAAGCUCCGAAAGCUAGAGCAAGGCCUCGAGGAAGACCUGGACAUCGAAGAGAGCAUCGACGAGUCCGAACAAGAAGAAAUCGAGAGAGCAAACACCAUCAAGCUUGCCAAGCGCGAGAUCGCCCAAAAGAAGAUGCAGAACCCCGUAAUGCAAGCCCGACUUGCCUGCAACUCCCCGCACAACUUCUACUGGCCCUGGACCGAAGAUCCCUCUGCCAUCGACGAAACCCUCGUCACAGCCUCCGGCAAAAUGCUCCUACUCGACCGCUUGAUCCCCUCGCUCCUAAAGAAGGGUCAUAAAAUCCUCAUCUUCUCACAGUUCAAGACCCAGCUCGACAUCCUGCAAGAGUGGGCCACACAGCUCCGCUCCUGGAACUGCUGCCGCAUCGACGGCGCAAUCAGCCAAGCAGACCGCCGCGACCAGAUCAAAGCCUUCAAUUCAGACAAGAACUACAAAAUCUUCCUCCUGAGUACCCGCGCCGGAGGCCAAGGCAUUAACCUCGUGGCCGCAGACACAGUCAUCCUCUUCGACUCAGACUGGAACCCGCAGCAAGACCUGCAAGCGCAAGACCGCGCCCACCGCAUCGGCCAGACUCGACCCGUGAUCGUCUACCGCCUCGCAACAAAGGGGACAGUCGAACAGACGCUCCUCGAGAAAGCGGAUUCUAAGCGCCGUCUGGAACGCCUCGUUAUCCAGAAGGGCAAGUUCAAGUCCCUGCUUAGCGAGUCGACGGUGUCGCGGGAUGACGUGGACGAGCUGCGGAGGGCGCUUGGGGAGGACGAGUUCGAGCGGUUUGAGGCGAGUGCGGAUCCGGCGUCGAUUCUUUCGGACGAGGAUCUGAGGAUUCUUACGGAUCGGAGUGAGGAGGCGUAUGUUAGGGCUGAGAAGGGCCUUGAGGGUGGUGGGAAGGCGUUUAAGGCUGUGGAGACGAAGAGGGAUGGGGAUGGGCUUAUGGCUAAGCUGGAGCGGAAGUGA